CCAACAGUUCCCGCUCCGCUGCCACUGAGGAGGGAGGUGUAGGGGACACGGCUUUAUAUCUAUAUUUUUUAUUAUUAUUACUGUUAUUUUUCUUUUGAGGGGGAUGCUGAGAAAGCGAGCCGUUCCCCUCCCGUGUAGCACAUUGCCUGGGCGUUCCUAUUAUGGAAGUUAAGUGAGAAACUCUGCAGCUUGAACUGAUUUGGGGAGAGAAAGGGAGAGAGAAAGGGGUAGGGGGAGGGCGAGAGGAAGGCAAAAUAGCCGAACCAAACCAAUGGUUUUCCUGCAAAGUGCCGGGAAGUUUGCAGAGCACUUUCUAGGAAUCAGGUCCUUUCUCAGAGUCUCUCCUUGUCUUCCGAAGAAAGAGCUUGCUUUUGGAUUGCCAUGGAUCCUAAAGAGAGUCUUAGACACACUUGAAUAAUUCCCCUGCUUGGGCUGGAUUGGUGGGAAUUUAGGAAGGAGCGUGUGUGCAAAGCAGAAGCCUUCGGAGCUCACUCGCUGCUUCUCUAAUCUGUAUGGAUCUAAAAGUGUCACAUUCAAGACCUUUGCAUCUCCAGCUUUUGAAUUGAAGAUUUCCCUUUCCACAUUAAGUAGCUGCUAGGAAACUGAAAACUUUUGGACCUACCUCUUACUGGCUUUGGAUACUUUUUUCUUUUUUCUCUCUUUUUUUUUUUUUUUUCUUUCCUUUUUUCCCCUCCCGUUUUUUAAAAUCUCUGUGGAAUUGGUCUCGCAAGCUAUCGGAAUUGUUUUUAAUAUGUCAAAAUGGGUCUGCUGACGCCACUCCUGCUCUUCGGAUUUGCAUUUUUUCAAGUCUAUGGAUCCCGUCUCCGCCAAGAGGACUUUCCACCACGGAUUGUUGAGCAUCCUUCAGAUGUGAUAGUGUCCAAAGGAGAGCCAACUACUCUGAACUGCAAGGCAGAGGGAAGGCCGACCCCCACCAUCGAGUGGUACAAGGAUGGUGAGCGGGUGGAGACGGACAAGGAUGACCCGCGCUCCCACCGGAUGCUGCUGCCCAGCGGAUCUUUAUUUUUCUUACGCAUCGUGCACGGGCGCAGGAGUAAACCCGACGAGGGCAGCUACGUUUGUGUAGCAAGGAACUACCUUGGAGAAGCUGUGAGUCGCAAUGCAUCUCUGGAAGUGGCAUUGCUACGGGAUGACUUCCGCCAAAACCCUACAGAUGUGGUGGUGGCAGCUGGAGAGCCUGCAAUCCUGGAGUGCCAGCCCCCUCGAGGGCACCCCGAGCCCACCAUCUACUGGAAGAAAGAUAAAGUCAGGAUUGACGACAGAGAGGAGCGGAUCAGUAUCCGUGGUGGGAAGCUGAUGAUCUCCAACACCAGAAAAAGUGAUGCAGGAAUGUACAUCUGUGUGGGGACCAACAUGGUGGGGGAGCGUGACAGUGACCCUGCAGAGCUGACUGUCUUUGAGCGGCCCACGUUUCUCAGGCGACCGAUUAACCAAGUGGUGCUGGAGGAGGAGGCCGUGGAUUUCCGGUGCCAGGUGCAGGGGGAUCCCACGCCCACAGUCCGGUGGAAGAAAGAUGAUGCAGACUUACCGAGAGGAAGGUAUGACAUCAAAGACGACUACACGCUGCGCAUUAAGAAAGCCAUGAGCACGGAUGAAGGCACCUACACCUGCAUCGCUGAGAAUCGCGUGGGCAAGGUGGAAGCCUCUGCUACGCUCACCGUGCGAGCUCGCCCCGUUGCUCCCCCACAGUUUGUGGUGAGACCACGAGACCAGAUUGUAGCCCAGGGUCGAACUGUGACUUUUCCUUGUGAAACUAAAGGAAAUCCCCAGCCAGCUGUUUUCUGGCAAAAAGAAGGAAGUCAGAACCUACUCUUCCCAAACCAGCCUCUGCAGCCCAACAGCAGAUACUCCGUGUCACCAACUGGGGACCUCACCAUUACCAACAUCCAGAGGUCUGAUGCAGGCUACUACAUUUGUCAAGCACUGACGGUUGCUGGAAGCAUUUUAGCAAAGGCUCAGCUGGAGGUUACUGAUGUCUUGACAGAUCGGCCUCCGCCCAUCAUCCUCCAGGGCCCCGUCAACCAGACCCUGGCCGUGGAUGGCACAGCUCUGCUCAAGUGCAAGGCCACCGGUGACCCCCUCCCCGUCAUCAGCUGGCUCAAGGAAGGGUUCACCUUCCUGGGCCGGGACCCUCGCACAUCCAUCCAGGACCAGGGCACGCUGCAGAUCAAAGCUCUGCGGCUGUCUGAUACUGGGACUUACACUUGCGUUGCUACAAGUUCCAGUGGGGAGACAUCCUGGAGUGCAGUGCUGGAGGUGACAGAAUCCGGUGGAGCAACAGUCAGUAAAAAUUAUGAUAUAAAUGACCUCCCUGGGCCACCAUCCAAACCUCAGGUCACUGAUGUUACCAAGAACAGUGUCACCCUGUCCUGGCAGCCAGGGACCCCUGGAAGCCUACCAGCUAGUGCAUAUAUCAUUGAGGCUUUUAGUCAGUCUGUGAGCAACAGCUGGCAGACAGUGGCCAACCACGUGAAGAGCACCCUGUACACCGUGAGGGGCCUGCGCCCCAACACCAUCUACCUGUUCAUGGUCAGAGCCAUCAACUCACAGGGCCUGAGCGACCCCAGCCCCAUGUCAGACCCUGUCCGGACCCAAGAUAUCAGCCCCCCAGCACAAGGUGUGGAUCACAGGCAAGUCCAGAAAGAGCUGGGAGAUGUCAUUGUACGGCUGCACAAUCCUGUUGUGCUGACACCCACGACUGUGCAAGUCACCUGGACGGUGGACCGCCAGUCGCAGUUUAUCCAGGGCUACCGAGUCCUGUAUCGCCAAACCUCUGGCCUGCCUGCCCCAGCUGUGUGGCAGAACCUGGAGGUCAAAGUCCCCACGGAGCGCAGCGCCGUCCUGGUCAGCCUGAAAAAGGGCGUCACUUAUGAAAUUAAGGUUCGCCCUUAUUUCAAUGAAUUCCAAGGGAUGGACAGUGAAUCCAAGUCUGCUCGCACCACGGAGGAAGCUCCAAGUGCUCCUCCUCAGUCUGUCACUGUCCUGACAGUUGGAAGUCACAACAGCACAAGCAUCAGCAUCUCCUGGGAUCCUCCCCCUCCAGAUCACCAAAAUGGAGUCAUCCAGGAGUACAAGAUCUGGUGCCUAGGUAAUGAGACUCGAUUUCAUAUCAACAAAACAGUAGAUGCAGCCAUUCGGUCUGUAGUAAUAGGUGGCCUAUAUCCAGGUAUCCAGUACCGUGUGGAAGUUGCUGCAAGCACCAGUGCAGGUGUGGGAGUAAAAAGUGACCCACAACCCAUAAUAAUUGGAGGUCGUAACGAAGUUGUCAUCACCGAAAAUAACAACAGCAUAACUGAGCAAAUCACUGAUGUGGUCAAGCAGCCUGCCUUCAUAGCUGGCAUUGGUGGUGCAUGUUGGGUCAUUCUCAUGGGUUUCAGCAUCUGGCUGUACUGGCGAAGAAAGAAGAGGAAGGGGCUCAGCAAUUAUGCUGUCACCUUCCAAAGAGGAGAUGGAGGACUAAUGAGCAAUGGAAGUCGACCAGGUCUGUUGAAUGCCAGUGACCCCAGUUAUCCUUGGCUUGCAGACUCUUGGCCUGCCACAAGUCUGCCAGUAAAUAACAGCACUAGUGGACCCAACGAUCUUGGGAAUUUUGGUCGUGGAGAUGUGCUGCCACCAGUGCCAGGGCAAGGAGAUAAAACUGCUACCAUGCUUUCUGAUGGAGCCAUUUACAGCAGCAUUGACUUCACCACCAAAACCAGCUACAACAGCUCCAGCCAAAUAACUCAGGCUACGCCAUAUGCCACCACUCAGAUCCUGCAUUCCAACAGCAUCCACGAGCUGGCUGUCGAUUUACCAGAUCCGCAGUGGAAAAGCUCAAUUCAGCAAAAAAAUGACCUCAUGGGAUUUGGUUACUCUCUCCCAGACCAAGGCAAAGGCAACAAUGGUGGCAAAGGAGGGAAAAAGAAGAAAAACAAAAACACUGCCAAGCCCCAGAAAAACAAUGGUUCAACCUGGGCCAGUGUCCCUCUCCCACCCCCUCCUGUGCAGCCACUUCCAGGCACAGAGCUGGAGCACUAUGGGGUGGAUCAGCAAGAAGCAGGAUAUGACAGUGAUGGUUGGUGUCCACCUUUGCCGGUUCAGACCUACCUGCAUCAGGGCAUGGAGGAUGAGCUUGAAGAAGAUGAUGAUCGUGUCCCCACACCUCCUGUCCGGGGAGUAGCUUCAUCUCCUGCCAUCUCCUUUGGGCAACAGUCGACUGCAACCCUCACGCCUUCCCCACGAGAGGAGAUGCAGCCAAUGCUUCAAGCUCACCUUGAUGAGUUAACAAGGGCUUACCAGUUUGAUAUAGCAAAGCAGACAUGGCACAUCCAAAGCAAUACACAACCUCCUCAGGCUCCAGUUCCUCCCCUAGGAUACGUAUCUGGAAACCUUAUUUCAGAUUUGGAAACAGAUGUUCCAGAUGACGAUGAUGAUGAGGAUGAUCUUGAAGAAGAAACUGUAGAAAUCAGUAGGCCACUAAGAGGUCUAGAGCAUACUCCAGGCUCCAGUAUGGACAAUCUAGACAGCUCUGUGACAGGUUCAAUGGUAAAUGGAUGGGGUUCUGCGUCUGAUGAGGACCGUAACUUUUCUAGUCAUAGAUCUAGUGUAGGUAGCUCCUCAGAUGACUCCAUCUUUACCAGCGGCACUUUUGCACAAGCACUGGUUGCAGCAGCAGAUAAAGCUGGGUUUAGGCUGGAUGGAACCAGCCUGACAAGAACAGGCAAAGCAUAUUCUUCCUCUCAGAGACCUCGGCCAGGCAGUCCUUUUUCCACUGACAGCAACACCAGUGCAGCUGCCAACCAGGGUCAGAGGCCGAGGCCCACGAAGAAACACAAGGGCGGACGUUUGGAGCAGCCCCCUUUGCCUCAUCGCCGGGAGGGAAUCACGGACGAAGAGGCACUCGUACCAUAUAGUAAACCCAACUUCCCAUCCCCUGGUGGCCACAGCUCUUCAGGAACAUCUUCUUCAAAAGGAUCAACUGGACCUAGAAAAGAGUAGUUGAGAAGACACAUUGCAAGCUGCUCUGAUGGACCAUCAGGUCUGAACUCAUGGAAGUGAUGACACUAAACAGUGCAAUGAACAUUUUCUUUAUUUAUGUACUAUUAAAAGAACUGUAAAUGCAAUGUAAAGACACACAGCCACACAUAUCCCACAGAUACUUUACUUGUGUUCUUCUCUUUAAUACACCAUCCACCUUAAACUAUUCCUUGUCAGGAGUAUAUAAAAAAAGAAAGAAAAAAAAAAUCACCCUCCAAGAUUAAAAGGAUUUCCUUCUGUAUAUAAUUUCUUUUGUUGCAUUGCUAUGCAAGCUCACCUUCUUUUUAGCUAUGUUCAUAUUCAUGUCUGUUUUUACUGGUCUGUUGUACUAUAUGUGAAUUAAUAGGCUGUGGUGCCAUAUAUUAACUUUUAAUUGUGUAACUUUUAUGUUUAAAGUUUGCACUGCAAUUUUAUUUGGUGAUAAGCACAAAACUCUACUCCUCAUGACAUGAAGAAAAAAGAGACUGAAUGUGUGAAGAAGGUUUACGUCCUGUAAACUACUUUGGAUAACGCUGGAUGUAAAGGAGUAUGUUAGGUGGUUUUCCAUUGGGGUGUAGAAAUGGGAAAGUGACAGGCAAAACUGAUGUCAGUGAAGACAUUAGAGACAGAUUUAAACCUUUUAAAAGCAAGCAACAUAGUUGCUCUUCCUAUAUAAGAAGGGGUCAGAAGUUGGAAGUGAGAUUAAAGAAUGAAAAUGAAAACUAAAAGUAGCAUGAGAUGGCCUAGACCCUUUCACUAGAAUGAUACCCUUAGUAUCUGCUUUUAGCCAUCCCAUGCCACUAAGUUAAGGGGAAGAAAAGCAAACCUUGCUACAAACAAAAGAACUUAAGGUGUUUCACUAAAGCUGUUUUUAUUUUGCAGUUUUAAAAGAAUUAUUACAGUUAAUUUCUCCAGCCCAAAAUAUAGGACAGAGAUUUUCCAGGAGAAACAAACCAUAUAAACACAAGGAAUACCUAGCAAGAAGAUAAGAAUGCAAUUUAUUAUUAAGACAUAUACAGGCUGCUUCCAAAAAAUUGAAAUGUCAAAGUAUCUUAUUUCAUCUUUCUAAUACAUGUACAGUAUGAUAGAGGAUAAAGCUGCACCACUGAAAUUCAUGACAUUAUUUGUUUUGAUGCAGUCUACACAACCCUUUCUGAGCCAUACCUGAAGUUGGAUCCACUAAAUUUGUAGUAAAAUAUUUAGUGUUUGGAAGGAAAGCAAUGGUCAAAUUAUUUUUGGUUUGCAUUAAGUAUAUUUCUGGCAAUACAAUACAUGCAAAAAAAUCGGAUAUAAGCAAAGAAAAUAUUUGACCUGUGUUUUAGUGAGUGGCUUCAAACUCCACUAUGAUGAGGAAAUAACAACACAUUUUUACACUUUUUGAAUAAACCAGACUCUGUAAGUGGACAUUAAUGACAGCAUCCUGUCUCUUCAUUAAUUUCCAUGACUUUGUCCAAGUCUUCUUUACCUUUCAAAUUUCAAAGAGUAAAUUCUCAAGCUUUUCUUAGAAUAUCGUGUGUGGCUAACCCACCCAUUACUUUGAUGCUUAAUUUAAAUAUUGCAUCUUACAGCUUAUUUCUGUUAGUUAUCUGACCAUGAGCACAAGUUUCCAUUGAAUACCCUUUUCAUAUAACCAGUCUAUGUUGUUUUAUAUUUUGCCUUGGAGCUCACCAGUAUUAAGAACACUUUUUGUCAUGGCAGAAUUUUAGAAAAGUAAAUUACGAUGCUAAAUAUGUGUUGCUUUUCAUUUCAUUAACUUGUUCCAUGAUAAGAUAAAACACUACAGCCAUCAACUAUAACUCAGCACUAUUGAAUAUUGGAAAAUACUAGUUAAUUCCCUUAAGGUCAAGAUGUGUUAUUUAGCAAGUUACAAGCAAAAAAAAAAGUUGAGGGAAAAAGUAUGAAAUUAUUGACAUAUGUGCAAUGAGUAUAUGCCAUUUUCCUGCUUGUUAAAACACUAUAGUUAAAAACAUAACUUAAAAAUGUGCAAAAAUGUUCAAGCAAGAUUAAGAAUGCAGCAUAAUUACAUAUGCAUGGUUUUUAUUUUGGUAUUACCAUAUGAAGAGAAGACUAUUCAGAGUACAAUUCAAAUUUAAUUCUCUGGAAAAUGUUUAACUCCGUCACCAAUAGUUGUUUUUUCCCUGUUUAAUUGAAAAGCUUGUGCUGAGCUUUGGUGGAACACCUUACUCACUCUGUUCUAUUCAAAAUUCAGUAUCAUUAGAGGUUGAUAAAGCCAUUCCAAUUACUUUCAAAUAUGUGUUUUAUCUCUUCCACUGGAAAGUAAAUGUGUGUCAGUAUUAAAGCUGUUCAGUACCAUGAUAUUCACUAACUUGUCCAUCUGCUUCUGUACAUUUUUGUUCAUUAAUAAUUUGCUUACAAUAUUACAUAAGGUGUUGUUGUGUAUGGCAAAGUGUCUCCAUUAUCUUACAGGUGAUGUCUCUUCUUUUUUUUCUCUCUCUCUUUUCUAUACAGUGUACUUCCAAUGAACCACAGUACAUAUUUUUUAAAAUGCCAUUUAAUUUACUA